GUCAUGCACCAGCUGCGCUGUAACGGUGUGCUGGAGGGCAUCAGAAUCUGCAGAAAGGGCUUCCCCAACAGGAUCCUGUAUGGAGAUUUUAAGCAACGUUACCGCAUCCUAAAUCCUGCUGCUAUCCCUGAGGGACAGUUCAUUGACAACAAAAAGGGUGCAGAAAAACUUUUGGGCUCUCUGGACAUUGAUCACAGCCAGUACAAGUUAGGACACACUAAGGUGUUCUUUAAGGCUGGUCUUUUGGGUACACUUGAGGAGAUGCGAGAUGACCGUCUUGCACUUAUCAUAACUGGCAUUCAGGCCAGAUCUCGUGGCUUUCUGUCAAGAGUGGAGUUCCAGAAAAUCGUGGAGAGAAGAGAUGCUUUGUUAGUUAUCCAGUGGAAUGUACGUGCCUUCAUGGGUGUCAAGAAUUGGCCCUGGAUGAAGCUCUACUUCAAGAUCAAACCACUCCUGAAAAGUGCUGAGACUGAAAAGGAGAUGGCCAACAUGAAGGAGGAAUUCACCAAGUUGAAGGAGGCUUAUGCCAAAUCUGAAGCCCGCAGAAAAGAGCUUGAGGAAAAGAUGGUUUCUAUUCUCCAAGAGAAGAAUGACCUGCAGCUUGCAAUGCAGUCUGAACAAGAUAAUCUUACAGAUGCUGAGGAGAGAUGUGAGGGUCUGAUCAAGAACAAGAUUCAGCUUGAGGCCAAAGCCAAAGAGCUGACAGAGAGACUGGAGGAUGAAGAAGAAAUGAAUGCUGAGCUGACUGCAAAGAAGAGAAAGCUGGAGGAUGAAUGUUCUGAGCUGAAGAAAGACAUUGAUGAUCUUGAGCUCACUCUGGCCAAAGUGGAGAAAGAGAAACAUGCCACCGAGAAC